ACGCGGGAAACGCUGUUGUGUUGUUUCAGUGUUUCCAUGGUGGACGAGCCGCCGCGCUGCCCCUAGUCUUUACCGGUCUGUUAUCGCUGUUAUUGCUAUCAUUGACCGUCUCCCGUGAGGUCCAGCCCGGGCUGAGAGGUUAUAUCCUCAACCAGAACCCCGUGUUCGGCUGUGGCGGGUCUGCACACUAAGUGACCCACACGGGAGUGGGUUUUAUCAGCAGCGCCAUCACAAAGAGCAGUCUCUCCGAGCAGCUUCACCCCCUAAACUCCUCCGUGAGAAAUGGAGACAUUUCAGAAGGUGGAGAAGAUAGGAGAGGGCACGUAUGGGGUGGUCUACAAAGCUAAGAACAAAGUGACCGGAGAAACUGUUGCUCUGAAGAAGAUCCGGCUUGACACGGAAACAGAGGGGGUACCAAGCACAGCCAUCCGAGAAAUUUCACUUCUCAAAGAACUCAGUCACUCAAAUAUUGUCAAAUUGCGGGAUGUGAUCCACACCGAGAACAAACUUUACCUUGUUUUUGAGUUCCUUCAUCAGGAUCUGAAGAAGUUCAUGGACUCCUCUUCGGUCGCUGGUAUCCCACUGCCUUUGGUUAAAAGUUAUCUUUUCCAGUUGCUGCAAGGCCUGGCCUUCUGCCACUCUCACAGAGUUCUUCAUCGAGACCUGAAGCCCCAGAACCUCCUCAUCAAUGACCAAGGUGAGAUCAAGCUGGCUGACUUUGGCCUGGCAAGAGCCUUCGGAGUACCUGUCCGCACAUACACGCAUGAGGUGGUAACCCUUUGGUACAGAGCACCAGAAAUUCUCCUGGGAUGCAAAUACUACUCCACAGCUGUCGACAUCUGGAGUCUGGGAUGCAUAUUUGCUGAAAUGACCACCAGGAGGGCUUUAUUCCCAGGUGACUCAGAAAUAGAUCAGUUAUUCAGAAUCUUCCGCACCUUGGGCACACCUGAUGAGACCGUCUGGCCUGGAGUCACAUCAAUGCCCGACUACAAACCAUCCUUCCCAAAGUGGGCACGGCAAGAAUUAUCCAAAGUGGUCCCUCUUCUUGAUGAGGAUGGCACAGAACUGCUUGGAGAGAUGCUCCAUUAUGAUCCCAACAAAAGGAUUUCUGCAAAAAAUGCACUUGUGCAUCGAUUCUUCAGAGACGUCACCAGACCUGUUCCUCACCUGAGACUCUGAAUUGUGUCAAAUAUCGAUUUGUUAAAUGGUAGCAAUAUCUAAGCAACAUGGAACAGCUUGUUUCACUUGUGGUCCAUGCCUGGAAGGAGCAGAAAGCGUGAAACUUCUCAAUAUGUUGAAUCCUCGAGUAUUCAAAAGCAACCUUUGAAAUGUUCAAGAUUUUCCUGUUAUUUCAGCUAUAAUUGUAAUUGUAGUUCAUAUUGGUUAACUUUAAUUUUAAUACCAUUAUUUUGUGCAUUUCCACACAAUUUCUCUUUGUGAUUCAGGAUGUUGUGUGUAGAAGUUCAUGUAAGAUAGACAUAUUUAAAUGGUAUGUUGGCUUUAUGAUCUCCAAAUUCAAGUAGUCAAUUGUUUUUAAAUGAAUAUGAUUGAACAAACUUGUGGGAAAGUGCAAAUAACAAAUGGCAUCCUUAGUAAAGCUGAGCACAGCUGAGAGAAUGACGGAGUGACGUCCCUCCUGUUUGCAGCACAACGAACAUCGUCAGCUGAUGUAAAACAGCCAGUGCUAAAAGAAGUUUGAUUUAAGAUGUUUAUUGAGCAUUCACGGUUUUUGGAUAACUCACCGGAGUGAGGUUCUCACCAAAUAGACGUUCUGGUGUAUAAAUGUUGCAUGUUAUUCAUAUUUUACAGAAGUGAAUUAGCUUCUGCAUAUUUCUUAGAGAUUUUAUCUAAACAGUUUUUAUAGAUAUUGUUUACAUGCAGUUUGAAGAAAAUAAACAUGUUUAAAUAACUUGCUAGUUGUUUGAAUA